AUGUUUCGCCAAGAAGUCAGUGUGACGUCUUUCAUUCCAUCUUGUUCGUAUCUUUUUCAACACGAGAAGAGGAAUAUGUCCAGAUAUAACAUAUACAGCCUGUUAGACUGGAUCUACGGCGGGGUGGACCCGAAGUUUGAGGGCAACGGCGGCCCCGAAUGUGCCGCCUUCCUCGCGCCCCAGCAGCGAAUCAGUGAAAGUCUGGUCAUCGUCCUCAUCUCCCUAGUGGAGAUAUGCGUCGCACUGAAGAAAAUAAACCUGUCCAAAGAGCUCAAAGUGGUGGGAAAAGAUUGCACAAGGGCGAAGGAGGAUAGUCUGGGCAAGAACCUGUUGCUGGUUGCCCUCUGCAUGACUUUUGGAGUGGAGGUUGGGUUCAAAUUCGCGACCAAGACGGUGAUAUAUCUGCUGAAUCCGUGCCAUGUCAUGACCAUGGUUCAGAUCUUCCUGCUGGCGUGCCCGCCAUGUAAAACAGCAAUGGUUGUAUUUAGGCUGCAGGUCCACAUGUUGAAUGGUGCGUUACUGGCAUUAAUGUUCCCUGUAGUCAACACCAGACUGCUACCGUUUGAGAAGGAGAUCUACUACAUCCAGCACUCCAUGCUGUACCUGGUGCCUCUUUACCUUUUCAGGAAAGGAGGUGUAUACAAGCCUGAACCUCUUGGGGACAUGUGGUGGGCACUUCUCUCCACUGGCAUCCUGUUCCUCUAUCACUUCCUCUUUUUGCAGGUCCUCGGCCUGGUGACUGAGGUCAACCUGAACAACAUGCUGUGCCCGGCUGUGUCCGAUCCCUUUUAUGGGCCCUGGUACCGAGUUUGGGCGACGGGCCAUCAGACCCUGCUGACCCUCAUCCACGGGAAGGCCCUCACACUCCUCUCGCAACACACCGGCUCUUUCUACAGAUACCUGCUGGACGCAGUCCGACUGCGCAGCAAGAAAGUCGACUGAAUGUCCACGAAGAUGCACACAGACCAAGCCUUUCGCUCUAAAUGCCUGCUCUUAUCAUGCAGUUUUUUUAAAAGCAACAUUUUAAUGCAUCUUUUAAGACUUACCAUCUGUUUUACUGAAAUAAGUGAGCAUUUCAGGGCCAGUGAAUCAAUGUGUCAUUCUUUUAGUGUUGUAGUUGGCUUGCUUACAUUCUUGCAUGCACAAACAUAAUAGGCAUUUUAAGGCUGGUAGUUAGCAUUGUGGAGUUGGCCAGAUCUAGCCUUUUUUGGAAGACAAUUUCCAGAAAUAUGUAAGUGAAUUUGUGGGUGAUUUCUCAAGCUGCCUUUUUGUAAAUGUUCUAAGGACAGAAAAAUAUCAGUCACCAAAUUGUCACUACUGAUCUGCAGUUGUUACACUUUUGGUUUGUUAUGUGCUAGUUAUGCUAGAUCUAUGUUAGUGGGUAAAGUUGCCAUUUUAUUUGUCUCAAACAGAUUGUUAAUGUGAGCUGUCGUAAAAGUUAUUGCUUGUUUAGUCGAAGGAUUUCUGUUUGACAUGUGUGAUCACCUCUCAGUGUUGUCAUGACUGAAAAAAGAAACUUAUUUAUGGUGUCCCUCUCUCACGUCAUUACAUACAUGUAGAGGUUCUAAAAGCAUCGCUGUGAGCGGCCUCUUUGGCGUUUUUCUGUCCAGCCUGUUCCGGUCAUUCCAGUUGUGAUAAUCAGGGGACAUUAGGAUGUUGUUACAUGAGAUCCAAAGUGAUGAAUGAGGAUUUAUGGCGCUACACUGGGAUCUUGUUAUUACCUCUGCCAAGGGGGUUACGUUUGUGUCUGUUAUUUUAUGGUGAUAUUGGACAACUUGCAGUGAGGUAUAAACUUCAGCGAGUCUUUAGGAUGAAUGUGAUGUUUGCCAACAGAGAAUAGAUCUUGGGAAAAUAUGUAUUUGGGCUGGUUUCAUGCAAAAUGACACUUGAAUACAAUUAGUUGCUUGAUCCUUAAGUUAAUCUUACAAGGCAUCCUGAAUUCACAACCUCAGUUUCAUAUAAAAAAAAAUGCAUCAGAUGAUCUGCAUGAAGUCACUUUAAGUCAUUUAUUGACUAUCCAUGCAAAAGAGAGUAUUAAUGCUGAUGAUUGGAAUACGUCAGACUGGGUAUGUAACAUUUCAAGAGUGAGGGAUGUGUUUAUUACUGUAGCCUAUACUGUACUUCACUGUAAAGAAGGGAUAAGAUAAACUUUUGUAUUUCUAUCGGUUUGAGUGUAUGUGCUGUAUUGACAAUAAAAGUGAUGUUCACCAAA